AUGGAGCACGCAGAGAUCUUGGCAUGGGCUCCCCCAUCCUGCCGCCUGCUUUUGCUAGGGAAAGGAUUUGUGCGUGGUCCUGGCCACAGUCACUGGAGCUAUGAAGACCGGGACCACUGGGGUGGGGACUACCUGGACUGCGGGGGCAAUGCACAGUCGCCCAUCAACAUUGACACGGCCAAGACCAUCUUCAGUCCCCAGCUGCGGCCAAUCCAGCUCUCUGGCUACAGCCUGCCCGCCAAUGAGAAGCUCAAGCUGAGAAACAACGGGCACACAGUCCUCCUCGAGCUGCCCGAGUCACUGGCCAUCACUGGUGGCUAUGCCCAGCAGUACCGCGCCGUGCAGCUGCACCUGCACUGGGGCUCCCCGUCGGGACCCGGCUCGGAGCACACCGUCAAUGGCCACCGCUUUGCUGCGGAGAUCCACGUGGUCCACUACAACACCAAGUAUAACAGCUUUAAUGAGGCAAUGGUCCACCCAGAUGGCCUGGCCGUCCUAGGAGCCUUCCUGGAGGUUGGCCCCAGGGAGAACCCAUAUUACCAGGAAAUAUUUGAGCAUCUGUACAAAAUUGAAAGAGAAGGUGAGGAAGUCUCGGUGCCCGGAUUCAACAUCGCGGGUCUGCUGCCUGCCAACCUGAAACUCUACUUCCACUACAACGGUUCUCUGACCACCCCUCCCUGCUACCAGACAGUGAAGUGGACGAUCUUCAACCAGACCAUGCUGCUCUCUCAUGAUCAGAUGUUAACGCUGGUGACGAGCCUGAGAAACGAUGACAGCAAACGUCUGCAGAACAAUUACCGGCUGGCGCAGGACCUGCACGGGCGACGGGUGCUGGCAAGUUUCCAGACCACCCUCUUUUCGGCGAAGCACCAGCCGCCUCCUG